AUGGCUCCUCUCAUCUUAACAUGGUAUUCAGAGCGUAGUCAUAGGCGUUUCAUACUUAUCCUCCGUAGCGCGUCGCCAUACCGCCCUUAUCACUCUCCCGCGCCUUCCCAUUCGUCGCGCCUCCUUCUCCUCCCGUUUCUGACGGUCGCGCGCCCAUUUCCGCCCAAAGCGCGCUCUGCCGUCCCCCCCCUUCCCCCGUCCCGUCGCGCGCGCAUUGCGCUCCCGCAGCCGCGCGCGCUAAGCACCGUCCAGCAGCGCGCGCGCCUGCCCUUCCUUGCGGCGCGCCCUGCCCUUCCUCAAUCCGCCCCUUCCCUCACCCUCCUCCUCCUUCCCUCUCUCAUUUGUGCUUCCCCCACUACCUCACCUCUUCCUCCUCCUAUUUUCUCUCCCCAUCUGCUGCGGCUCGCAGCUCCUUGUGGCGCGCCCUGCCCUUCCCACAAUCCGCCCCUUCACCCUCCUCCUCCUCUCCUCUCUCCCAUUAGUUCCCUCUCCACUAUCUCACCCCUCCUCCACCUCUUUCCUCUCUUCAUCUGCUGCAGCUGCUGUUUCCUCCUCCUCAUGGCGACCUCUCUCGCCCUCCCCUCCCUCCCUCUGCUGGUCCUUCAGCUUGCGCCCGAUGGCAGUGCAGUCAACUUCCCCAGUUGGCUGAACUGUCUUGAGCGCACGCUGUCUAGCACCCUAGUGAGUGGCUUUAACCUCUGGUUUGUCACCCAGCAGAGUGGUUCUGGCGCCAUUCCUACCUCUCCCUCUGCACCCACCUCUUCCUCCUCUGACCCCUAUGCUGAUGGCCUCCGUGCUGCCAUUGCCGAAACUGAGCGGCUUGUGGCCACGGCGCAAGCCACCGCCACGGCUGCUCCUGACAAUGCUGCUGCCCGUGACUUAGCUCGUAUUCUUGCUGAGUCCCUUGAGAGCACCCGCAAGCGCCUCACUGAGCACCUCGCUGCCCCUUCUCCUCGCUCUGCCUCUACGCCCCUUCUCCUCGCUCUGCCUCUACGCCCCUUUCCUCUGCUCCAUCUCACUCUGACCUUCUCGCUGACUGGCAUGUUCAAUUAG